GUAUGGUUUCUUUGUACAUCCCACAAUGCACUGCAGUUAGCUGCACGUUUCCAUAGAGACCCAGAACUCGAUGUCAUGUACUCGCAAAAUGCUACCUGGAUAAAAGCUUUUACAAGUCUAACAAAGAGGGUUCAGGACUGGCGAUGUCUAAGUUGUCAGCUGAAGAUAAAGCAGAGUUGCAAUCCCUGCUCAAGCAGCUUCUGAGAAGCAUCAAUGAUCGGAUUGCUGACGCCGAAUCAACUGAAUGUGCUGAAGAGAUCCUCCUUCACUUGGAGGAGACUGACAAGAACUUCCAUAAUUAUGAGUUUGUCAGGUAUCUCCGUCAAUAUGUGGAGAGUUCACUGGGGACUGUGGUGGAGGAGGAGACCAAGAGCUUGACCAGAGGAGAUGGACAACAUGGUAUAGGCUCAGGUCUUGACACUCUGAUCCAUGCUGUCAUCCAAAGUACCAGGGACUCAACAGAGUACCAGCAGAUGAUGCAGAACUUGAAAAAUACCAUGACUAUGGUGGUGGAGUCUUUAAUUAAUAAAUUUGAGGAGGACCAGAUGAGGAAGGAGGAGAUGCUUAAAGAGAAGCAGCAAAGUCAGUCCAACAGCCAGUAUACUGACAACUGCUCUGACAGCGAUUCCUCCUUCAAUCAGAGUUAUGCUUUCAUCAGACAAGAGCAGCUGCAAGCUUUGGCUGAUAAACUUGACUCAAGCAGACCCAAAGAGAUGCGUUGGGAGGCUCUCCAGGCUCUUUGCUGUGUCAAUCCGGCUGAUGUGCUGAGCUGUGAGUGCUGGAGCAGCCUGCGAAGAAAUCUCUGCGCAGCUCUGACUGACCCUGACCUCAGCGAUGAUGUAUUGCAGUUCUUUGCUAAAAGCUUCUCCUCCUCUCCACUGAAUGUGACACGAGAGAUCUACACCAGCUUGGCUAAAAGUGUGGAGGCAAGUUUUAUGUCUCAAAAGCGAAGCUUCCCAACUGGCUCAGCCACCAUGGACAUCAACAGACCUGAGAUCAGUCGUCUACUCAAACAGAUUCGAUUGAUGAAUGACUUUCAAAAGGAGGUGACAACGUUUUGGAUCCGCCAUCCUGAAAAAUAUAUGGAAGAAGUUAUAGAGAGUACCCUCUACCUGCUGUCCUUCCAUCACCAACAUACCUCAGACCCACCUGCAACAGACAAAGUCCUGAAACCCAUUCAUCUACUGGCCUUACUAGAUAUCAAAGCAACAUGGUUUAAAAAGUGGAUGCAUGGAUGCUACAGUAGGACUGUGGUUCUCAGGCUUUUGGACAGGAAAUAUAAGUCUCUGGUUGUUGCUGCACUCCAGCAGUGUAUCCAUUACAGUGAAUCCUGUGAACGUUCCUCAGAUGAGACAACUGAUCCUCAGUCAGCAGAGCCGCAGAGCGUUGGUUCAGUCCAGAGGAGUGUUUACACAGGAAAGGAGCUUGAAUAUGCCGUCUUUGUCCACUCGCUCUGUGUCCUGGGGAAACUCCUCAUCUACAGCAAUGGCAGAAAGCUCUUUCCCAUCCGAAUGAGGGAGCGCAAAGAUCCGGUCAGCCUGACAGACCUGGUAGUCAUCCUGAUUAACAUCAUGUACCAACACCCCAAACCUACGCACAUUGAUGCCUCAGACACAGACUCCCUGUCGCCCAGCUGUCUGGUGAUGGAGGUGCUGUGGAUGAUCUGUGAGAGGACCGAGUGUGCUGCAGACUGUCUCUACCCAACCCCUGUAAUAGAGACCCUGCUUGCUCCUCUUAUAGCACUGCUCAAUGGACAGCAGACCAAAUUCAAAUUUCCAGCAGCAACCCUGAUUCUCAUCGCCGACAUUCUGGCUCGCAUUGCAAGCACUGAUAGAGGAUUAGCUCUCUUCUUGUAUGAGAAGAACCUAGUUGUAGCCGAUAGUGAGAGAACCUUCCCUGCUGAUGUUGUUGUACAGCUCACUCUCAGGCUGCUGGAAAACGAGCUGUCCACAAUAAAUGAAUCCGACAGGACUCAUUCAUUAUGUGGAGCUUUCAUCUUUGUCUGUAGGCAGAUAUACAACAGCUGUGAGGGUUUGCAGGUCCUCCAACCCUACGGUCUGCACAAGGCUAUAGCUGCUGCAUGGAAAAAGACCAGUUCCUUGUCAGAAAGGGUUCCAACUCCGGUACCUGGAGCAACCUCUGCAACAUGCACCCAGGAGCUGCAGGACAUGCUCAUCUGGGAGGAGACUUUGUUGGACAGCUUGCUGAAUUUUGCUGUAACUCCUAAAGGCCUGAUGCUGCUCCAGCAGACAGGAGCCAUUAAUGAUUGUGUCUCCUUCAUGUUCUCUCGCUUUACAAAAAAACUACAGGUGAGCCGCUGUGAGAAGUUUGGAUAUGGGGUGAUGGUGACACAGGUGGCAGCAACUGCUCCUGGGAUAGCAGCUUUGCACAGUUCAGGUUUUGUCCAGGCCUUGGCAGUAGAGCUGUGGUCUGUUCUAGAGUGUGGAAGGGAAGACGUCGCAGUGGUCCAUCCAAAGCCCACACCCAUGGAUCCCAUCGACGGUAGCUGCCUCAAGUCCUUUUUGUCAUUUGUCAACCUACUCUCCUCUUCCCGAUCGGUGUGGGAGCUCCUAGGUCGCCAGCCUCUCGCCAACAAGAGUGAAUACACCCUAAGAGAGGUGCCAACCUCCAUUCCUGAUCUGAUUGACAGGCUGAUUGCUAUGAAUUCAAAUGCAAAGAUUCAGUCCCUGUUCCACUACGAGCAGUCUCACACAUUCGGCCUGAGACUGCUCAGUGUUCUCUGCAGUAAUCUGGACUCCUUCCUGCUGCUGGAGAGCCAGUACUACAUCUGCUCCAUGCUGCUGAAGAGCCAGGGGGAAAAUGUCCCGGAGCUGGACACAGAUGAUGGAGAGUUCAUCAUAGACAACCUAUCAGUGGAGAGGAAUCAUGUGCUGGUUCGGGUUAGUGUGGUCGGAGGACCGUCUGAGAGAAAGCUUCCUCCUCGAGCACUACAAGAGGGAGAAGAUCCUUACCCCUGGCCUAUGUUUUCAAAGUAUCCUCUACCCCACUGCUACACUUUGAACCCAACAAAGAACCAUCAGAACCCCCUGGACUCACUACAGAUCAGUACGUUCCCACCAUUAUCUAAAGACUUAAAGUAUGAGGAGAACUGGAUGGAGAUCUGCCGCAGACAGUACUCUAAAGCCAUGACCUCCAAACCCAACAUCCUAACUGGAAAGGUGCUGGCUGACCUUCUGGAGAAGGUUGUGGCCCAUCUAUCCAACUCUUCCACUGAGUGCUUCUUCCCUCCAGCUCAGUACAAAGCAGAGGAGAAGAGUCUAACGAGUGUUGUGUUAUCAUCUGUGGAGCAGCUGGGAAUCAACACCUGUAUCAGGUAUGGCAGUGAUCUCAAGUUACUGACAGACGACGCUGUGAAUGACUCCACUCUGCUAAUGAAGCAUAUAAAGAUCUUCUUGUCCACGCAGAAAAUCAAAACUGCUUCAGAACUAAUCACUCAUCAGGACGGCUACCCAGGCCACGACUGGCUGUCCUCCACAGUGUUCCUAAUCAUGGCUGGAGACAUGAACCGGUCUCUAGGUUUGCUACUCAACCUCUCCUGUCUGCUCACCUCCGCAUUCAUCUGGCCAGCGAGAAUAGAUGCCUCUGUCCAUUUUCCUGUGGAAGUGGCUGAUUCAGGAAUCCCUCCUCUUUACUGGUGUACAGCUCACUACGUGGAGAUGCUGCUGAAAGCUGAAGUUCCUCUGGUGCACUCUGUCUUCAGGAUGUCUGGUUUCACCCCCUCACAGAUGUGCCUCCACUGGUUGACUCAGUGUUUCUGGAACUACCUGGACUGGACAGAAAUCUGCCACUACAUUUCCACCUGUGUGGUGAUGGGUCCUGACUACCAGGUGUAUAUGUGUGUGUCCAUAUUUAAACAUCUGCAGCCAGACAUCCUUCAGCUUACACAGUCACAGGAGCUGCAGGUCUUCCUCAAGGAGGAUCCAAUCCGGGGCUUUGAAGUCGGCGACUACUUGCCGUUCAUGGAGGAGCUGGAGCGCAGCUACAGACACCUUGUUCUCACCGACAUGAAAACCAUCAGAAACUCUGUCCAGUAAGAAUGUUUACGAAAGAUACAGGUUUUUUUUAUUGGUCAACUUUAAACGACCUUAAAAAUAACUACAGCUUGGAUCAGAUUCAGUAAGUAACUGUAUGUAUUGCUAGUCCAUUAAUGUCUAAGCAUGGUCAUGCUUAGACAUUCAUGGAAACUUGGCCACAAGUUGCAAUAGAUUUUGUUUCAUGAAAUAAACCGAUAAGCGAGAGAAACAAAUUCAAAGGUGAAAACCAACAAUGUCCUUCUAGUCCAAACAUCAACAACUGUUUUUAGUAACUUAUUUGGUGCACUUUUAGGUAAUUACUGAAACCAUAUAAUCUUUAGUUGUAUUUAAAGAAGUAUGUCCUUGAAGGGAACAAAUGGACUAGGGGCUGACUAAUGAGGCCUCGGAAGUAUUGAGAACAGAAUGUUAAAAAAUACAGAAUACCCCGGCCUCAACCUGUAAUGGAAUUGCAAGCUGAAGAACUGUUGUCUAUCAUAAUUCUCUAACAUGCUUCACCUGUUAAUGUGUAAUGAUUUUCCAUGUCAGUUACAAUGUUUUUGUUUAGUAUUGAGUAUUAAAAUAUACCUCCUUGUCCAGACAAAUGAACAAACUUUUGACUGAUCUGUUGCCAUGGUUUGCUAUCCCCUAUAGGCCAGUACAGCCUGGUCAUCUCAUGGCUACGAGACACGUAAUUAAUGCUGGGACACGCAACAAUUCAGCUCACAAGCUCUUGUGUUCGUAUACUUAUGCAGGUCUUUGUAUUAAAGAUGCAUGAGGAAGGUUUUAUCAUUGUGAUAAACCCUCAUUAGUAACCACAGCCUUUUCUCUCCCUCCUUCUGCACCGCUGUCCUGUCGUCCCUCUUCAGACUCACUGAGUUCUGAAUGAUAAAUGAGAUCAUCACACCCAUCCAUCAGUCUCCCACAACAACAGAGUUUACUGGGGAAAUGUGUUGGACACCACUGAGGUGGUGGCUCAUAGUGAGAGGAAUUGAUCAAAUGGAAAUUGUAUUAUCUUAAAAUAACCGCAUUACACAGAGACAGCCUUAACUCUCAGGUUGCAAAGUGUAUUGAACCUAAAAUUGAACUUACAGAUAAUAUACAGUUGGCUCAUCAGAGCUAUGUUGCCAUAAAAAUACAUAAUUAAAGGCCUGACAUUAUCUUUUAAAACAAACGUUGAGUCCAAUUCAACUCAUGUCCUGCCACAUUACAUGUAUUCAGAAAAAGUUGUUCCUACAGAACCAUUAAUAUUUGUCUCAUGGAACGAGCAUAUCACAUAAACAUGCAGAUCUGAUGCUGCUAACAGGUGUGAAAUUCAAUAAGAGUUUCAAAUUUGAUUAAUGGGCUAACUGAGAAAGUAAUAACUAUUUUAGUUCAUUUAAGCCUUUACUUUGACAGGCAAAGA